AUGGUUCGUCACAAGAACACAGCUUGCAAGCUACCACUUCUCGUUGUCGAGGGCACUGGAUGCAGCUUGUUGGGACGCAAUUGGUUCGACAGGCUGGGCAUCAAGCUUCACGGCAAUCACCACACAACAGAGGAAGGCAAUUUGACCGAGAUGCUCCAGAAGCAUGAAGACAUUUUUCGUGAAGACACCACAGGACACACGGGUGCGUCAGUAAAUCUGGAACUGAAGGAGGGGGCAAGCCCCAUGUUGUUGAAGGCACGGCCUGUGCCCUUUGCCAUGCGCGCAUCACCAGAGGUGCAGAUUGACAAGUACGUAGAAGACGGUAUUUGGGAGCGGGUGCAACACUCAGACUGGGCUACACCGCUAGUAUGGGUGUGGAAAAACGACGGAAGCUCGCGCGCCUGCAGUGACUACCGCUGUACAGUAAAUGAGGCUGCAAAAAAGGCUUCAUACCCCCUGCCCACAACAGAGGAAGUGUUUAGCACUUUGAAAGGUGGCCGGGUUUUCAGCACUUUGGACUUGGCUCAAGCUUACACUCGGCUUCGUGUGACUCCAGCGACAGCACAGAUUCUCAUAGUAAACACUACAAAAGGGCUGUACAAGGUAAACAGGCUUCCAUUUGGUGUUUCAGCCGCCCCAGCAAUUUUCCAGCGGUUUAUGGAUACCACCUUGAGCGGAUUGUCGGGAGUUUGUGUUUACCUGGACGAUAUCAUUGUGAGUGAAGCAACAGCAAAACAGCACAAGGAUCACCCAGCGUCAGUUCUCCAGCGGCUGGCUCAGGCAAACCUUCGAUUGUGCAAAUCCAAGUGUCGGUUUGGUGUAGCGGAGGUUAAAUUCCUGGGUCACAAGAUUCAAUCAGCAGGGAUUCACACAUCUGGGGAAAAAGUGGAAGCUAUCGUGAAGGCACCAGCGCCCACAAGUAGGCAGACACUGUAG